AUGUUUAGAAGGAAACAUCGGACAACCCACCAGCCGGCUUAUACCGGAGUCAACAAUCCUCCUCCACCAACGAAUGCUCCAAAUAAUCAUGCUAGGGCCGCUGCCUUGGCCAUAGGAAACAACAAUGCCACCACUAAGCCGAUGGGUGUCACCAGAAGUCCUUCCAUGCAAUACAAUAUCGUUCCCAGAACAAACUCGACUCAUACCAAAGCUCCAUCCAAGAACCACCUACUGAAUCGUCAACAGCAACAGCAACAGCAUCAUCCAUUAUCACCUCCUGUGACACAAUACCAAUCAUCUGGUUCGUUACUUAAACGGGGUUCUACCAUUUCAGGGUCGUCGUCUGAUGAUUUCCACAACUUUGCUGGGAACACAGGUGCCUCAGGCCCUAUUCUGUUGGAUAGCAAUACUGUAGACGACAGCUUUACCGAUUCUUACUUUGAAGAAGUCAAUGAUGCCAACCGUAGAGACCUCCAUGACUUGAGAUUGGCUCACAAGCCAACAACAUCAACAAAAACGUCACAAAAGAAGAAGGCCGUGGGGGGGUCACUUAGAGCCGGUUCCAUUAGAACUGGUUCACUUGGUUCAGCAUCAGGUAUUAACAAUAAUACAAGUAAUGGUGGUGAUCCUCCUGGUACAGUUAAGAUGGUAAAAAAAUAUGUUCCUACUCCAAGUGGGAUCAAGGUUAUUGAAGUUCCUGAAGCUACGCUCAAGAAGGAAAUGGCCAGAAGUAAUUCUAUUAGAAGUGGAUUGAAUGUUUCGAGGGCUGGUUCUCUCACAUUAAGAAAGAGUUCUCAAGGAUCCUUAAAUGGUAGUCGAAUCCCCAGAUCUGGUUCUAUGGGUUCAAUUGGUGCAUAUACGCCCUCAUCGCGUGUUUCCAGUUUGGUUAAACAAGCACCAACUUCUUUACCUCCAAUGACAGAAUUAAGUGGACUUGAAGGGUCUACCGAAACUCAAGAGAAGGAGUAUCAUGAUUUACAACAACAGAUUGAUCAUGAAAAGAAGUUGGCUCAUGAAUUGGCUAAAAAGAAGAAGGAAUAUGAACAUUUUAAAGCUCUGCGGUUACAAAUGCAAAAGGAUUUAGAAGUUUUACGUGAAGAAUUAACAUCAUCACCUGAAGCCAAUAAUUAUCAACCUAAUUUGAAUCCCAACUCAACAGAUCCAGUUCUUACAGAUCCAGUCAUUAAUAUGAAAGAAGAUCAAUAUCUUGAUCAUAAAACUGUUCCAACUACCAGUACUUCUCUGGAGUAUACACUUAACCCAACCAUGGAUCCCAAAUCAAUACAUAUUAUUCCAGAUGGUAGUGAUCAUACAGGAGGCGGUACUGAUGAAACUUUACAAGCUACUUCCAAUGAUGCCCAUUUAUACAUUCAUGAAAGUCCCUUUGCAUCCCGUGACCAACUUGAUGAGAUCAAGGUAAUUGAACAAUUUGAAGAUAGCAAAGAAGAAAAUGUUCUAGAAGUUCCAGAUAUCACUUUUGAUAAUAGUUACUACGAAGGUCACGAACAUGAUGAUGAUGAUGAUGAUGAAGACUUGAAACCCAAAUUCCAAGAUUCGCCAGAAGUGAUUGAAGAACCAUUAUCUACCCAAUUUAGUAACGAUACUCUUCCUGAUCAUUUGGGUGCUCCACCUCAAUUAGUUGCAGAAGAAAAUGCAUCAUCAGCUCAUUCAUUAACCAGUGCUGAAUCUUAUGAAUCUCCUCAUAGAACUAAGAAACCCAUGAAAUCAGCUAUGAAAUCAUCAUCCUCAUUAAAUAAAGGUAAUAAAGAGUUUACAAAGGCAAAACAAACUGCAGCACAUGAAGCAUAUCUUUCGUUAACUACUGCUGAAAACACCAGGUUGAAUUCUAAACUCUCGGCUAAUCAAUUAUCUCCCACAAAGGGAAUGGUACCUGGAACAGCAGCAGCAGCAGCAGGAGGAGGAUCUCCAGUCACAACACCAAAGAGAAUGCCUCUGUCAUUAAGAAAGUCACAAGUGAGUGCCCAACAACAACAACAACAACAAAUGGUCAAGUCUUUAAGACCUCAAGCUUCAGAACAUGGUCAUGGCCCUUAUCCACCACCUUCUGGUAGAACGUUAAGAAAGCAAUCUCCACAUCCACAUCCUACAUACGUUCAACCAAUGCCUCCACACCCUGCACUGAUGCCUAACUACAAGUCAUCAUCUAAGGUCCGUGCUGCUGAAUUAUAUGAAAAGGCUAAUCUGAGACCUAUUAGUGUUCAACAACCAUUGGAGCGUAAAUCUUCAUACUCCAAGCUGCCUGAAAAGCAACGUCCAAUGUCCAUGGCCGCACAAUCUUCCUCACAUCCUCAUCAUCAUGAAGCUCAGCCACUGUCUCGUGUGUCUUCACAAGCCACUACUGUUCAACGUGCAACCAAACCUCCAGUAAGACAACAUAGAACCACACUUCGGUCAUCAUCCGCACAAGUUGGCGGACCACUUCCUGUUCAGUAUGGAUCCCGGUUUAAUGAUUCUGAUGGUGAAGAUAUGCCCUCUACCUCCAAGCCUGGGUUCAAUUCUCGAUUCCAUGAUUCAGAUGAUGAUUUACCUUUGUCGUCCCCACAGCAAGAUCAUCACAAUAAUUACCAUAAUCACUAUAACGAGAUUCAAGACGUUAGCUUUGACUCCAAGACAUCAAAGAACACCAAAGAAAAGAAGAAGUUUGGUGGUAAGCUUAGAAAGCUCUUUGGCAAACAUUGA